GCGGAAGUGGUGAGGGCGAGGCGUCCGCAGUGCAGAGGCGGCGGCGGCGCAGGCGUGUGUGGUAGCCGCUCACUCCUUUGCUGUCUCCAGCGCCGGCGGAACAUGCCGCGCUUCGCCCUGACCGUUAUCCGGCAUGGAGAGACAAGAUUUAACAAGGAGAAAAUACUGCAAGGACAAGGAGUAGACGAACCUCUUUCAGAAACGGGCUUCAAGCAAGCAGCAGCUGCAGGCGCGUUUCUUAAAAAUGUGAACUUCACUCAUGUUUUCUCCAGUGACCUCACGAGGACAAAGCAGACAAUGCAAGGGAUUUUAGAGAAGAACAAAUUUUGUAAGGAUAUGACAGUGAAGUAUGAUUCAAGACUUCGAGAAAGAAAAUACGGGGUUGCAGAAGGCCGAGCCCUGAGUGAGCUCAGGGCGAUGGCCAAAGCUGCCGGGGAGGAGUGCCCUGUGUUCACACCACCCGGAGGAGAGACGCUAGACCAGGUAAAAAUGCGUGGGAAAGAUUUUUUCGACUUUCUCUGCCAUCAGAUCCUGGAAGAAGCAAAUCAUAAAGAGCAGCUUUCCCAGACCAUGGCAGGCAACAGCUUGGAGACUUCUCUGGCAGAAAUAUUCCCUUUUGGAAGUAGUGGUGCCUCCGGGUUUAAUCCAGAUGGCAGCACCUCAGGACUGGUGGCCAGUGUCCUGGUUGUGAGUCAUGGCGCUUACAUGAGAAGUCUGAUCGGUUACUUCCUGACUGACCUGGAGUGUGCCUUACCAGAGACACUAAGCAAAUCGGAACUCUUGUCAGUCAGCCCCAACACAGGGAUGAGUGUCUUUAUCAUAAAUUUUGAGAAAGGAACAGAAGUUAAACCGGCAAUUCAGUGUGUGUGUAUGAACCUACAGGAUCAUCUGAAUGGAGUGACUGAAACUCACUAAAGUGAAACCCUCAUCAAGUCUUAAGAUUCUAAGCCCCCGGGGGAGGGAGUGCCUUUGGUUUUAUUUCCAUCCUCAGCUAGGGCUGAUUGCAAACAGUUUCAAAACUGUCUUUUACGGCAGGUUAUAAAAUUCAAACAGAGCCAUAGCCACAUAGAACACUAAUGGGAAAAGCGUUUCGGUGUGAUUUGUUUUGUCUGAAUACAGUUGCUGUUUUCCAGUG